AUGGAUCUCGGCAUAAAAAAUCAAGAGUGGUUUCCAUUGCCUAACCGUAGUCCGGUAUACGUCGGAACCGGUCUUCAGGUGAGAACACGCGCCGGUUGUCGAGAGGAAGAGAAGGGCCUGCCACGCCUCUCAGAUUCAGACAGUAUUUCGGUUCCAAGCAAAAUGCAAUUAGGCUACACGGCAUUCAUCCUUGCUUGCUCUUUCUUACUCGCUUCUGGAAAUGUUCUGAGAGAGAAAAGACAAUGUGGUUGCGCACCACCAGUUCAAGCUUCUUGCUCUUGUGCUCCAGCUGCUACUCAGCAACAAAUGUCCUGCAACUGCCAACAACAACAAGCUCCAGUUUUCACUACUACUGCUGCUCCAGUGUGCGCAUGCGCUCCACAAGCCCAACAGCCACAGACUGUCACCCUCGAAAUCCAAACUACUCAAUGCCAACCAGCUUGCCAACAAUCCUGCACCCAACAGUGCAACACUCCUGCUGCCUCUAACUCUUGCCAGCAAGACUGCCAACAGAGUUGCCAAAGCACCUGUGUUCCAGUACAGCAAGCCCCACCAGUCCAACAAACUCCACAAUGCCAACCAGCUUGUCAACAACAGUGCCAACAAGCUUGCGUCCAGCAACAACAGCCAGUAGCUCAAUGCCAACCCCAAUGCCAGCAACAGUGUCAAACUAUGUGUGAUCAACCUCAACAACAACAACAGAUCAUCCAAGUUCAACAAACCCAGAACGCUUGCCAGCCACAAUGCCAAGAUCAAUGCCAGCAAUCUUGCGUUCAACAAAAUCAACCUGCUGCUCAAUGUCAACCACAAUGCCAACAACAGUGCCAGAGCAUCUGCCAAUCCGCCCCAGUAGCCACCCCAGCCCCAGUCCAAUGUCAACCAGCUUGCCAGCCAGCCUGUGAUAGCCAAUGCGUUCAGCAACAACAACCAGCUCAACAAACUCAGACUAUCACUUUCCAGAUCACCGUACCAGUUGCUCAACAAGACGCUCAGUGCAUGCCUCAAUGCCAGCAACAAUGCAACAACGCCUGUGCUCAGCAAAACCAACCUGUAGCUCAAUGCCAACCAGCUUGCGCUGACCAGUGCGCUCAGAACUGCCAACAAGUCCAUGCUCCUCAACAACAACAGUGCCAACCAGCUUGCCAGCCAGCUUGUGAACCAACCUGUGUUGCUCAAGCCCCAGCAGUUCAAAGAGAUACCCAAUGCGUCCAGCAAUGCCACGAUGCUUGUGCUCCAGCUCAGCCUGCUCAACAAUGCAACCAAUGCCAAAGCGCUUGCGCUGCCCAAACCCCAACCCAAGCCACUCCAGUAGUUCAGGUUGUCCUCCAAUCCGCCAUCGCUCAAUCCACCCAAUGCCAACCUAUGUGCCAACAAGCUUGCCAACAGCAAUGCGUCCAGCAACAACAGCCAGCUGCUCAAUGUGAACCAGCAUGCCAGCAGAGCUGCUCAAACUCCUGUGCUGCUGCUCAACCAGCUACUGUAGCUUGUCAACCAUCAUCCAACCAGGGAUGCCAAUGCCAACAGAACUACUCCCCAUGUGGUAACGGUCAAUGCUGCCGUCGUAAGUAA